AUGAAAUCCAGCUUGUUUUGCCGCGUCGCGAUGAGAGUGGCGAGGCGCCGCGGCGAACCAAAAAUGCGCCAGCGGUUGCUUCUUGUCAGGGCGUUCUCGUGCUUGAGCAUGCGUGUCUUGCUGGAGGUCUUGCUUGUGCCCGCCGAGCUUUACUUCAUGCCGAGGGGCAGCGCGGUUUGGUACCAGUAUGAUAUGGCUGAGCGCCAACAGGAGGAGAUUCUUCUGAGGACUCCAUUGGCGGGGGGCAGAGUUUCACGCGUUCGUUCUGCGGGCGCUUUCUUCAGCGGCAGAGGGGGCCCCCGCAAACGUUUAGGGCCGACUUUGGCGCCGCGUCUUUGA